GAAAACUUAUAUCAGUACAAACAAUUCUAUAGAAUUCAAAAGUAUUACUACUUUUUCUGACAAUUUAUGUUACGUUUAACAAAACUACGUGUUGUCUAGUCAAGAAACAAAUAUGUCGCAAACAGCUUUCGUCAAGUUUAGAAAUCAAGACUAUUCUACUUUAAAGAAAGAACAAUUAGCCAGAGGAGUUAAAUUUGUAGACGAUGAAUUCCCACCAGAAUCAAUGAAUUUACAAUGUCUUAAUGUACCUGCUGGUCCUUUAAGUUACUUACGACCUUCGGAAAUUGUUUCUGAUCCAUGUUUCAGUCGAAAUGAAUCAUAUUUUAGUUUAAAAAGUGGUUUUGUAAAAAAUUUCAAUAUUCUUCUUGCAUUCACUGGUCUAAAAUACAAAGCAAAAUAUUGGGCAAAAGUACUUGUUGAUGUGAAAUCUCAAGAAUGGGAUGUACAACAUGUAAAUGAACAUCCAGGAAUUUUUCGUUUUCGAUUUUGGCAAGAAGGCAUGUAUUUUGAAGUGACAAUUGAUGAUUUGUUACCUUGUUAUGAUGGAAAGUGUAUAUCUUUGUCAUCUUCUAGUGCAAAGGAAUUUUGGCCAGCUUUAUUAGAAAAAGCCUAUGCUAAUAAUAAUAUUAAUAAUAAUAAUCAUAAUAAUAAUAAUAAUAAUCAUACUACUAAUAAUAAAUUCAAAUUAUAA